ACCUCGCGAAGGUCCACAGUGGCAGUCCGAGAGCGCAGCGCAAGGUAUUGCGCUUGUUCGUUUUGUCAUUUCAAUUUUAUUGGCAAGCUGUCAUUUCUAGAUGUAAAAAAAUACGCAAAAUACUCUCAGGAAGAAUAUUGUACGCCAAGUUUGAGACAAGAUGUCGACGUCAGCAAUAUAUAUUUUGGAUGUAAAGGGCAAGGUGUUGAUCUCACGAAAUUAUCGUGGCGACAUCGAGACUGGUGUCAUAGAAAAAUUUAUGCCAUUUGUGAUGGAACGCGAGGAGGAAGGUAAUCUUACUCCCAUUAUUCAGACACCGGAGUGUACAUACGCAUAUAUAAAAUAUAACAAUCUCUACAUCGUGUCCACUACGAAGAAAAAUGCAAACAUAUCCCUGGUAUUUGUAUUCUUGCACAAGGUGGUGCAUGUCAUGCAAGAAUAUUUUAAAGAGUUGGAAGAAGAAAGUAUACGAGACAACUUUGUUGUUAUUUAUGAGCUCCUAGAUGAAUUGCUGGACUUUGGCUAUCCUCAAACCACUGAUAGCAAGAUUCUGCAAGAAUAUAUUACUCAAGAGGGUCACAAACUGGAGAUUCAACCCAGGAUUCCUAUGGCUGUAACCAAUGCUGUCUCUUGGCGAUCAGAGGGUAUCAAAUAUCGCAAGAAUGAAGUCUUUCUUGACGUAAUAGAGUCUGUGAAUCUUCUAGCGAAUGCCAACGGAAAUGUCUUAAGCUCAGAGAUUGUUGGUGCCAUAAAGAUGAGAGUCUAUCUGUCAGGAAUGCCGGAAUUAAGGCUAGGUCUCAAUGAUAAGGUCCUGUUUGAGUCGACAGGACGCGGUAAGUCUAAAUCUGUGGAACUGGAAGACGUCAAAUUUCAUCAAUGCGUGAGGCUGUCACGUUUCGAGAAUGACCGAACGAUCUCGUUCAUCCCGCCGGAUGGUGAGUUCGAGCUGAUGUCGUACAGACUGAAUACGCACGUGAAACCUCUGAUAUGGAUCGAAUCCGUGAUCGAACGACACGCUCACAGCCGAGUGGAAUAUAUGAUAAAGGCGCGUUCGCAGUUCAAGCGUCGCUCGACGGCGAACAACGUGGAGAUCGUGAUUCCAGUGCCGAACGAUGCCGAUUCGCCUAAAUUCAAGACCACAAUUGGCAGCGUCAAGUAUUCACCCGAGCAAAGCGCUAUCACUUGGAUCAUCAAGUCUUUCCCCGGCGGUAAGGAGUACCUCAUGAGGGCGCACUUUGGUCUGCCGUCGGUAGUCGGGGAGGAUGUCGAAGGCAAACCACCUAUACAAGUGAAGUUCGAGAUACCGUAUUUUACUACGUCUGGUAUUCAAGUGCGAUACUUGAAGAUCAUUGAGAAGAGCGGGUAUCAGGCUCUACCAUGGGUACGCUACAUCACGCAGAACGGGGAUUACCAACUACGGACGAAUUAGCUAGGCGACAACGGAGUGGAUGACAUCAGGAUCUCGGGCGUUGUGCCUGAGUACAAGGACUAGUCGAAUUCAUAGUAUGCUUCAGAGCGGAUUAGAAUCGACGGUAAUUAUUUUACCAUUCCGAUACAAUAUAUUGGAAAGAUGAUGCGAAAUAUGGUGCAAAAAGAAAUUAGAUUUUUUAUUUCUUCGUUUCAAGAAAUUCCAUACUCUGUACGCGUUUGGUUUUAAUAGAUUUAAUAUUUCUUUAAAACAAGCUAAUAUAUGCAUAUGAUUAAAAAUUCCUCUUUAUGGACAGUUUGCAUUUGAAAUUGAUCCGUGUCUUCAGAGUACUUAAAUGGAUUUUUGCGUUUGAUAUCGAUGGAGUAAAUUUUAUAUCUCAUUUUAUUUUUUAAACACGAUGUCGAUAUAACAACAUUUAAUAAAACAUGUAUAUCACAACUUUAUGUCAGAAUCAUGUAUAAAUAUCGGCAAUUUAUUUUAUAUUUUUUUAUGAGAGGCGAAUUCACAAACAGGCAGAACCACUCGGUUGUUAAUUAAAAACUUUAAAUAGUAUUAUAUGAAUAAAGAUUAAAUGUAUACCAA